GCUUCGUUCCCAGGCGCUCUGGGGGCUACAAUACCAAAUAUGAAGCAAAGAUUCUCGUCAUUGGAUGUCCAGGUAAUCUCUCGGGAACUGUCCUCAGAGCUGGUUGGCCUGCGGGUUUCAAACAUAUACGACCUCUCAUCAAGAAUUUUCCUUUUGAAACUCGCAAAGCCUGAUCACCGCAAGCAACUCAUCGUCGACUCCGGUUUUCGAUGCCAUGUGACUCAGUACUCUCGAGCCACGGCUCAAACGCCCUCUGCCUUCGUAAAACGCAUGCGCAAGUUCCUUAAAUCUCGGCGUAUCACCUCGAUCAAGCAAAUCGGUACAGAUCGCAUUAUUGACUUCACCUUCAGCGAUGGCAUAUACCACAUGUUGCUGGAGUUCUUCGCAGGCGGCAAUGUCAUCAUUACGGAUCGCGACUACAAUAUCGUCGCAGUGCUUCGCCAGGUGAAUGGAGGAGAUGGAUUAGAGGAAGCCAAGGUCGGAAUUCAGUACACGGUGACCAAUAAGCAGAACUACAAUGGCGUUCCGGAUAUCACUGUCGAUAGGGUCAAGGAAACGCUGGAGAAGGCACAGAUUCUUUUCGCACAGGAGGAAGGCAUGCCCAAGAAAUCAAAGAAGAAGAAGAACACGGAUGUGCUACGAAAGGCUCUGUCGCAGGGAUUCCCGGAGUAUCCUCCUCUUCUCUUGGAUCAUGCUUUUGCAACCAGGGACGUUAACCCCGCGACGCCCCUGCAGCAGGUUCUGGGCGAUGAAGGUCGGUUGAACCAGGUUCUAGGCGUUCUAGAAGAAGCUCGGAACGUUACGGCGGGUUUAUCUGUGGAAAAGACCCAUCCUGGUUAUAUUGUCGCAAAGGCGGAUACUCGUCCCGUUGCCAAAUAUGCGAACGCUGAAGCCGAGACUCCCUCGAGCAAGCCUGCUGCGCUCCUCUAUGAAGACUUCCACCCCUUCAAACCCCGGCAAUUCGAAGGGAAAGACGGCAUCACGAUCUUAGAAUUCAGCUCGAUGAACGCAACUGUCGACGAAUACUUCUCGUCUAUUGAAUCUCAAAAGCUGGAAUCGCGACUGACGGAACGGGAAGAGGCGGCAAGGAAGAAGCUUGAUGCCGUUAAAAGUGAGCAUGAGAAACGCAUUGGGGCGCUUAAGCAAGCUCAGGAGAUACAUAUUCGGAAAGCCAGUGCUAUUCAAGACAAUGUGUAUCGAGUGCAGGAGGCAAUGGAUGCUGUCAAUGGCCUCAUCGCUCAAGGCAUGGACUGGGUGGAGAUUGCACGCCUGAUUGAGAUGGAACAGGACAGAGGCAACCCCGUCGCGCAGAUCAUCAAGCUUCCUUUGAAACUCUACGAAAACACUAUCACGCUCCUACUCAGAGAGGCUGGAGAUGAGGAGGAAGAGGAGGAAGAGGAAUUGUUUUCGAGUGAUGAAUCGGAAGAAUCGGAGACCGAUGAAGAGGAACAGGAUGAAACUGAUUCUUCCAAAAAGCACUCUACAGUGCUUACAAUCGACAUCGACCUGGCACUUUCUCCAUGGGCGAACGCAACUCAGUACUACGACCAGAAGAAAGUGGCUGCUGUUAAGGCCGAGAAAACCACCCAGUCAUCCGCGAAGGCGCUCAAGAGUCAUGAGAAGAAAGUAAAGGAUGACCUGAAACGAAAUUUGAAGCAGGAAAAGCAAGUUCUUCGACCUGCUAGGAAGCUGUUCUGGUUUGAAAAGUUUUUAUUCUUUAUCUCCUCUGAAGGAUAUCUGGUUCUAGGUGGUCGUGAUGCUAUGCAAAUCGAGAUACUCUACCGUCGUUACCUGAGAAAGGGUGAUGUCUUUGUACACGCUGAUCUCGAAGGUGCUACGCCAAUGAUCGUCAAGAAUCGACCUGGAGCAACCAGUGCAUCCAUUUCUCCAAGUACUUUGUCCCAAGCGGGCAACCUUUGUGUUGCCACGUCGAGCGCGUGGGACUCAAAGGCGAUCAUGUCCGCAUACUGGGUCGAUGCAAACCAGGUAUCCAAGACUGCAGAGGCGGGAGAUCUUCUUCCAGUCGGUGACUUUCUAGUUAAGGGAAAGAAAAACUUCCUCGCUCCUUCGCAGCUUGUCCUAGGCUUUGCUGUUAUGUUCCAGGUCAGCAUGGAAAGUCUUCGAAACCACAAGUCGUACAGAGUGGAGGAGCCGGCAAGUGGGGAGCAAACAGAGAAAGUCAAGGAAGCAGUGGUAGAAGAGGUCCAGAGUCCAGAAGAGAUCAAGCCUACUCAAGCUAUGGAGACUCCUCGGCAUUCCAAAAAACACGAGCAGGAGCAGGAGCAGGAGGAGCAGGAACAUAUUGAAAACUCGGAUGACGAACAAGAAUAUCGCGAUACUGCUUUCUCAGGAAAUCCCCUGCAACCCGAAACAGCGGAGACUAGCGCAUUAAAAGAUGAAAGCGAUCCAGGAUCUGAUAAUGGAAAGGAUCAGGAGGGAGCAGAGGAGGGAGUCGGUGACGAGGAAGAGUCAACCCGAACAGGUCAGCCAGCAGACGACCAGGCUACAUUGGAUGAGACUGAAAGCGUAGCGUCCUCCCAAACCCCAGGAAAACGACACCUCUCUGCUAGGGAAAAGCGUCUACUCAAGAAAGGCAAACCACUUGACACGCUCCCUCUAAAAUCAAAAGAAAUCAGCGAGUCUUCAACACCUGUUGCUAACGGCGGAUCUGUGAAAUCAGCGGACCCCAAACCCGGCCCUGCUCCUACUCGAGGCAGGAAAGGAAAAUCGAAGAAGGCCGCAGCCAAGUAUGCAGACCAGGACGAUGAGGAGCGGGAGCUAGCUCUCCGCCUCUUAGGCGCAAACAGUGUUAAGGCCCAGAAAGCUGCCGCCGAAGCUGAGGCAAAAGCCAAACGGGAACAGGAAGCUGAGGAACAAAAGAAACGCCGCAAAGCUCAACAUGAGCGCGCAGCACAGGCGGAACAAAAGCGACAGGCCCUAUUUGAAGAGGGCGCUGCGGAUGACUACGACGAGGAAACAGCUGCCGCUGAGGCGGCAGACCUCGAGUGGAUUCCAGCACUGGUCGGAACGCCUCACCCGGAUGACGAGAUCCUCGCUGCCAUUCCUGUAUGUGCUCCUUGGGCUGCUCUUGGCCGAUACAAAUACCGAGUCAAGUUGCAACCGGGUGCAGUAAAGAAAGGGAAAGCUGUUAAGGAGAUAAUUGGGCGAUGGGUUGCCGAGACGACCACCGGAAAGGUGAAGAAGGAGCAUGCGGAGGACGCUGGAAUCGAUCGAGCGGCUGCAGAGAAAGUCAGAGCACGCGAAGGUGAGCUGAUUAAAGGCUGGAAAGAUACGGAGGUCAUCAAUACCGUUCCAGUCGGCAAGGUGCGGAUUAUGGUCGGUGGCGGCGGCGGCGGCGGCGACAAGGGCAAAGGCAAGACGAGUGGAGAUGGUCAGAACAAUACUGCAGUAUAUAUAUCAUAUCAACCACCACGACCUAGCUUCAACUCAGAUAUAGAGUCUAAACGCACACCCCAACUGUCACCAGCCUCUACUCUUGACUGGCGGGACAUAGCGGCCAAUCUGCUCCAGUUUUCACGUCGCCUUGUUGCUCGCGGCUCUCCGCGCAGCUUUACUAGGCCUGUUACGACAGCGACGACCGCCACCAUGUCGCCCAGCGAAACCACGCGGAUUGUAUCCGCCGUGCGUCUGAACAAAGAGGGCCCCGGAAACCAGUCUCUCGCCGAAUGGUGGGCAAGCGAACAGAGUCGCAAGACACCGGAGGCUGCUGCCAUCGCAGAGGCCGCGAAGCUCCUUCAGGAAAGCGAUAUCCCCGUUGCGUUCCCCACAGAGACAGUGUACGGCCUGGGAGCCGAUGCUACGCGGAGCGCGGCAGUACGAGGAAUUUAUAAAGCGAAACAGAGACCAUCGGAUAACCCGCUGAUUGUACACAUCGAUUCGCUGGACAUGCUAGACCGACUACUCAACCCGGCGGCGCAUAUGAGUCCCCCGCACGCCACACGGACCGCCAGACACUCCAUCCCUCCUAUCUACCAUCCCUUAAUUACGCGGUUUUGGCCCGGCCCGCUGACUAUCCUUCUCCCGAAUCCGUCGGGCUCCCCUCUUGCGCCGGAGGUGACUUCGAAUCUGACGACUUUCGGGGUGCGCAUGCCUGCCUCUCCGCUCGCGCGGUUGUUGAUCCACGUCGCGGACCGCCCGCUCGCAGCUCCUUCCGCGAACGCCUCAACCAAGCCUUCUCCUACCGCCGCGGAACAUGUCUUCCACGAUCUACAUGGCCGUAUUGAACUGAUUCUCGAUGGCGGGUCCUGUGGUGUGGGGGUUGAGAGUACAGUGGUUGACGGCCUAUCCAACCCGCCCGCGAUUCUGCGGCCGGGCGGCGUGGGCAUUGAAGAACUACGAUCAUGUCCCGGGUGGGAAAAUGUACAGCUUGGAUAUAACGACGGUACCCUGGGCGCGAAGGAAGCGCCUCGAGCCCCGGGCAUGAAAUACCGGCACUAUUCCCCGAAGGCGCGCGUAGUUCUCUUCGAAGACGGCUCGAACGCGCAGGCCGUUCUGCGCCAUAUCCAAAAGGACUUGCGGGAUACAGCCGUGGGCGCGCACAGUAUUGGCAUCGUCCGAACGCGAAGCUGGCUGCGGGGUCUCCAGUUAUUACCGGAGGAGGAGAUGGAGAACCAGCUGCAGCCGGUUUCCUCGCUGGUGGGCAAUCUCGUGGCCUUCCCCGUGCCAAUUGGAGACAAAACCAAGCAAGUCUUCGACUGCCCCCUGGGCUCGGAUCUUCAUUCUAUUGCCCGGGGCUUAUUCUCCGCCCUCCGCGCGAUGGACGAAAACGAGGUCGAUGUGAUCUAUGUCGAGGGCGUGUCGGACCACCAGGGCGACUUGGCUGCUGCGGUGAUGAACCGACUGCGCAAGGCAGCAGGAGUUGAGCUUCGCGUCUAAUAUAGAAAAAGAAUCUUCUUCCAUUUUUCUUUGCUCAUUUCUUUCUUUUCUUUCUUGGCUUAGAUAUUCUACUCCAGUUCCAUGGAUGAUAGAGCGAUUUCGAGUCUCCUUACGAAUAUUCACGAAUAAUUAAAAGCUU